CCUGGGAGCUAGCGCCCGAGCGGUGGCUGCAGCAGCUCUUACUUUUGCUCGACCGUUACUUGACCGUUACCGUACCGUCUCUCGAAUGAAGUCUACCUAGAAGUAGCAUCAUACGCCUCGGCAUAUAUCCAAAUCUUCGCAUCUUUGCACAAGCACCAUCUGAACAUCCAAGGUCAUGGCUGUAGCCAGUGAGCCUCCGAAAGCAGCGGCCAAUGUGAAGGAUAAAACCAAAGCGAAGCAGAGGUAUCUCAAAGGCAAGAAAGAGAGGCGAAAGAGGCGCAAAAUUCAAUCCGCACCGAAUGCAGCUGCGAAGCAGGAUCAGCGUCCUUCUUCUCCUCGCGAGUCUGGUUCCGAGGCAGAGGGUAGUGAGGGAUCGUCGGAGGAGAGCGAGGUCGAGGAGAACGUCGUAGAGGUUCAAGAACCCGAGAAGACAGAAAAGGCACGAGAACCAAGGGUGAAGAAGGAGAAGCCGAAGGGGCAGACAGAGUCGCAGAAAGAGAAGGAGGACGCCGAGCGACCACGAAAACGGCGAAAGCUCGAGUCCACGGAGGAGAAUCGUCACGAAUCAGACAACGAUGACGAUGCACCUCCAGCAUCUCCUCAACUGCGCCGCAGCUCACCAACACCACCAGCCCUCCCCGCCUUCCCCCUCCCUACGCGUCCAGACGCGCCAUCAAAACAGACGCUCGCUCUCCAGGGCCUCGACAAGGCACUCAUCGAGGCAGAGCUCAUCGACCCUGCGAAGCUGCAAGCGUUCCCGUCUGGGUCUAGCGAUGAUGGGGGGACAGGCCUCAGCGAGAGGACGCGGAAGAGGCUGAAGGAGCUGGGCAUAACGGAGCUGUUUGCAGUACAGACGGCUGUCAUUCCGUCCCUGCUCACCCCCGAAUCUGUUAAGUCACUGUACUUGCCAUACGAUCCUCCCAGAGACCUCUGCGUCUCUGCCCCAACGGGUAGCGGAAAGACAUUGGCAUAUGUCUUACCCAUUGUCGAGGUCCUCUCGCUACGCGUCGUUACUCGCCUACGUGCGCUCAUCGUACUCCCGACGCGUGAUCUUGUCACACAAGUGCGGGAAACGUUCGAGGCAGUGGCGAAAGGGCGUGGGGUGAAGAUCGCAACAGCAAGCGGCCAACAUUCGUUCGCCCAUGAGCAAACACAGCUCGUUGCUGACGGGUCUCCGGACUUACAGGGCGGCUCCAGCAAAGUCGAUGUCUUGAUCUGCACACCCGGCCGUUUGAUCGACCAUCUGAACGGCACACCGAACUUUUCCCUACAACACCUCCGUUUCCUCGUCAUCGAUGAAGCCGACCGCCUCCUAGCCCAAUCGUUCCAAGACUGGCUCGCCAAAGUCCUCUCCGCCACCCGACCACCACCCGCUCCCGAAGACUCCCCAUCCCCGUCUCCCACCCCCAUAUCCAGCAUGCCCCGCGCCGACGCGCUCGCCCCAGCGUACCUGCACCUCCUCCGCGGUGUGCCGCACGUGCGCACGGACGUCGACGAGAAGCGCGAGUCGUCCUGUCAGAAGCUGCUCUUCUCCGCGACGCUCACGCGCGACCCGGCGAAGAUCGCGGCGCUGAACCUCAGGGAUCCGAAGUACUUCGUCGUGCAGGGGCAGGGCAAGGACGGCGAGAAGGGCGAGGAGGGCAUGAUGGACUUUGCGAUGGAGAAAUUCAGCAUGCCCGCGACGCUGUCGGAAAACAUGCUCGUCUGCGCGUCCGCAGAGAAGCCGCUCGUGCUCUUCCACCUCGUGCACGCGCACCGUGUCGUCAACGCGCUCGUCUUCACCAAGUCCGCGGAGUCGACGACGCGCCUCGUGCGGCUGUUCGAGUUCUUCGAGGGCGCGCUCGGUGCAGAGCGCGCCGUCGUCGCACAGGCGUACUCGAGCGACCUCGCGCCGGGCGAGCGCAAGACGAUCCUGGAGCGGUUCAAGAAUCGGGAGAUCGACAUAUUGGUGUGUUCGGAUCUGAUCUCGCGGGGAAUCGAUAUAAGCCACGUCUCGCACGUAGUGAGCUACGAUGCCCCGGUUGACAUGCGCAAGUACGUGCACCGAGUCGGGCGGACGGCGCGUGCUGGUCGGUCUGGCGAUGCGUGGACGCUCGUCGAAGAGCAGGAGGCGCGCUACUUCAAGACGAUGCUGAAGAGCGUAGACCACCUGGACAAGGUAAAACGCGUGCGGAUGGGAGAGAAGGACGUCGAACCGCUGAGGCCUGCGUAUGAGAAAGCGCUUGCUCAGCUGAAAGACGCGUAUACUCGCGGUGCCACCUGAUAGACGACUUUGGUGGAUGUCAGGAUGGGGUUUUGUAUACCCCGCAAAGACGCGGCCAGCCUGCGCACCGCAAUAGCAAAUACUGUGCGCGCGAAGUCCAACGUAGGUGCCGUAAGGCUGCCGUCCGCAAUGCUUAUGAUGUCGAAGGGCCGGCCUACCAUUCGUGGAAGGGUUUUGAGAAACGGUCCGCUAGUUCGCU